AAGAAGGGAUAUAAGACAAUAAUUGCACAUCCUAGUCAAAUUUAAAAUUGAAUGACUAAAAUAACAAUUGGUGUAAACUGAUUAAUAAUGACAUAACUAUGUUUUGCUGUUAUGUGACAAAGUGUCUAUAUUCAGCAGUCUUCUAAUGAUGAUGUGAUUUAUGAUUUAAAAGGCCUGAACCAAUAUGGAUGUUAUACCUUGCAUCAGAAGUAUAGCACCAACACCUAAUUAGCUCUCUCCUGAGCCCAAAGUCACUGAGCCCAACUCUCCCUUCAUGAUGCAGUGUGUGGUUUGAGCAUACAAUGAUGUGAGAGUGCCAUGAACACACACCCCGCAUCACUGUAGCAAGUUGAGAACUUCUGGAGGUCAACAAAAACAAGAUUUUCAUCUGAUUGUGAGUUAUUCUGUAACAUCAGUUGAACCUCUGACAGCACUCAGCGUCUCGGUUGCAUGUCGUCAGAUGUGCAACACAUUUGAGAUUUUCAAACGGAAACAAUACUUUUCUUUUUGGUGCUAAGUUACUCUUUACACUGGAAGGCUAUUGAAAUAACUAGUGGUCAUGUUGUUUAUCUUAAAACAAUCCUUGUCAGUGGGGCUGUAAUGCUGAGCACCACUGACGUUGUGUAUUUUAUUGUUAAUAUUUAAUUGUGCAUGUUUUUCAUCCCAUAGGCUAAUGGCUACUUUUAUUUAAGCUUAAUUUGGACCCCACUAAUAGGUCAUUUCUAGGGGUGUGUAUCUUUCCCCCGCAAUACAUUUCAAUACGAAUGUCGAUACAUGAUCUGCGAUAUGAAAAAAAAAUUUAAAAAAUGAUGCAGUUAACAUGUAACAAAUGUAAUCCAAUGCAGUUUAACUUUAAAGGAGCUGUAUUUAACUUUUUUAACAUUAGUAUAGCACCAUGCAACUAUUUGCUAUCCAGUGGCGUAAUGUCUUGCACUUUUGGCUGUGUUGAGAGGCAAUCAAAACACACAAUCACGGAUCUUGCACCUUUAAUUCAUAGUAUACUCGAUAUUGUCCCACAUUGUAAACCCAAUAAGGCAACAGUGGUACACUAGCACCCAAAGCAGAUUCCAGCAGAAGACACUAGGCGGUCUAAGCUAGCAAUGCUAAUUUAACAGCACUUGCUCAAGUCUAGCCAAAAACGGUAGCCAAAACUUUUGUGUAUCAGUGUUCUCUUUCGUUUUUGGGACUUUUUAUAGCUUAUGACAACGCUAGCUCCCUUUCCACUUAUGUACACGAAUAACGUGUAAAGUUGAGCCAUUUCAGUCUAUAUCUGUUUAUGACGGACUUAACGAUUUUUGGCCAAUUCCCCUCCAAAAUUGUAGUCAGAUUCAGAGUUUUGUAUCGACGUAGCCGUAUUUAAGACUCUUGUAUUGAUUCUCCAACAUGUAUCGGUUAAUCUUUACACCCCUAGUAAUUUCCAUUGCACCGGCUUACUUUUUAAAAACACGUUAAUGGUUUGGAAAUAAUUUAAGUAAUUUACAAGCAGUAUCCUUUAUUAGAAUAUUACUAGGAUUCCAUCCCAUAGUAUACUUCAUUUCAAGUAUGGUACUAUGAAUGUGUAAUGACUUUGUUAAUUAAUUUCAUUAUCCUAAGAGCCUAAAUACCACAUGUAUUCAUUUAAUAUUAUCAAAUAUGACACUAGCACUGCACAUCCAAUAUAAAUAUUUAGUAUCUUUUUCAUUUGAUCUUUUGCUUGCCAUAGCUUUUUUUUGAGGGGGGGGGGUGUUGGGCUGUUAAAGCUAAGUUUAAAGGGUACUGUUGCAUUAUGGUAAGAAAUGGACAUUUUAUUGAGAUUACGGUAUCUCACAAUAAUUCUAUCAGCUGUUGAAAAAAAAAAAACUCUGUGUAACUGUGUACUCAUUAUUGCUUGUUCGUCUCUUGCAAUUUAGAUAAAUGAUAUAACAUUAAGCUCAAGGUGGUUGAGUCUCAAGCAGUAGGGAGGCGGAAGCAAGCCAUGGGAGCUCCGUGCCCACUGAUCCCACGGGACUCACUGAAGACACCGGAACUGUACUUGCAGUGUUGGGUUUUAAUGCACUCUGUAUUGUGGCUAUUUGUUUAACUCCUGAAGUGUAGACUGUGGGGAGACCGGAGAACAAGUGGUGGGUAGGGACACAGAAAUGUAAAGAAGUAUGGAUAGUACUGAGGAAAUCAAAUAAUGACAAUAUAUUUAGUGUUCUUGAUUGUAUUUUGUAAUAACAUUCAGAAAUGUUGCAUGCAGUUUUUAUAUCACUAGAUAAGUCUUCCCGCAGUAAGCUCACAUUCUCAGUUUGAGUAUGUGAGUACGAUUUUAAAUCAAUCUCACAUUUGUUUUGAUUUUGGUUAUUCAAUCAAUUAUUGGACCCAGGUAUGUUUAGUAUACUAAUUAGUGUCUCACAUGUUUUGAGUAUGGUUAAUUACAUAGUCACUGAAGUUUAGUGAGUACUAGUGGGAAGUCAGUCCCAUUUGUGGGAUCCUAACCUUCCCACCCCCCUAAUCUUGUGCCUUCCAUUAUUUCAAUGGCCGUAUGGUCUUUUCUCUGCCUCCUUCGUGUGUGUGUGUUACAGCACCCGGAUAGCAAGAUGAUGCAGAUCAACCUGACAGGCUUCCUGAAUGGGAAGAAUGCCCGGGAGUUCAUGAGGGACCUGUGGCCCCUUUUGCUGAGUGCCCAGGAGAACAUUGCUGGCAUCCCGUCUGCUUUUCUGGAACAGAAGAAGGAGGAAAUUAAACAGAGACAGAUUGAACAGGAGAAGCUAGCUUCACUGAAGAAGAUUGAUGAUGAUAAGAAGGAAAAGGACAUGAGAGAGAGGGCUCAGUCAAAAAGCCCAAGGAGGCGGAAGACAAGGUCACCAUCACCACGACGAAGGUCCCCAAUGAAGAGGGAAAGGAAACGUAGCGCCUCCCGCUCCCCAAGACGCAAAGCCAGUCCAGUUGGCAGCAGCUCACCCCCUCCACCUCUGAUGCAGCUGCCCACGAAACCUUUGGAGCAGAUUGUGGAGUCAGAAACGUUAGACACAGCCCUGCCAGAACCAGUCACCCUAGAAACUCCUACCUGUGACGCAGUUGUGGAGGUGGUGAAGCCAGACCCAGUGACUGAAGUCAAAGAAGCUUCACCAGAGAAGACUCAUAAGAAAGAGGAGAGGCCCAGGUCUCGGGAGAGAGAGAAGGACACCAGGAGGGAAAGGCCUCACCACCGUUCUCGUUCUCAUUCCCGCACUCGCAGGCGACGCUCCCGUUCUCGAUCUUACUCCCCUCGUAGAAGGCAGAGUCCCAGAAGGAGGAUGUCUCCUCGUCGAAGGAGCCCCCCCAGACGGGGCCCCGCCAACUCCAGACACAGACCUAGACGCUCCCCUGUCCGCAGGAGGCGCUCUCGAUCUGCUUCCUCCUCUGGCAGCAGCUCCUCCAAUUCUCGCUCGCCUAAGAAAGCUAUGAAAAGAAUAUCUAACACACCACCCCGGAGACAAGUCCAUCAUCCUGACAACCCCGUUAGCCCUGCAGGGAAAGACAGGCGGUCACCAUCUCCACGGGCCAGAAGGGGCAGAGGCUCUGUGUCACCAGCCAGAUCAUCUGGUUUAAAGCGAAAACCAGGAGGAAGGGGGGAUUCUCCGUCUGAUAAUGUCAAGCCCAGACCGUCUGAAGGGUCCGAGUCAGAGGAGGAUAAAAAUGAGAAAGGGGCAACAGCAGAUUCGGUGCAGCAGCGGCGUCAGUAUCGCAGGCAGAAUCGACAGUCUUCUUCAGAUACAGGGUCUUCCUCCUCCGCAGAUGAGGGACCCAAGAGGCCACCAGCAGGGCCAGGUGCCAGAAAUGGGGAAGUCAGGCGGAGACGCAGCCGUACACCUUCCCCACGGAGGCGACACAGAGAUGCUUCUCCAAGGUUCAUACUUCGGAAAAGACGUUCUCCGUCUGCUGGACGCAGACGCCGCACACCGUCUCCUCCACGCCGUCGCAGAUCUCCCUCUCCUCCUAGAAGAAGGUCUCCUUCCCCACCGCCCCGUCGUCGUUCUCCAUCCCCCAGACGAUAUUCUCCCCCUAUCCAGCGUCGCUACAGCCCCUCACCGUUGCCUCCACAGAAGAGGAAGCUGUCUAGCUCUCCCGCAAAGCGCUCUUCUCCCGGGGCCAAGCGCCGCGUCUCAAGGUCGCCCAAGCGCAGAAGUUCUCCUCCUCAAAGGAGACGCACACCUCCAUCCUCAUCUCCAUCCAGACACAGGAGGAGCCCCAUGUUGCCUUCCGUCAGGCCAAGCAGGGAUACACGAUCCCCUGUUGCCAGCCGCCUCUCCCCGUCCCCUGCAAACCGCAGUCGCCCCGUUAGGGGUUCCACCAGUCCUCAGAGGCGUUUUGAAGCCUCCAGUUCAUCCCCAUCUAACCAGCGGAGACAGCAGUCCCCUUCACACAGUGGCAAACCCAUCCGCAGAGUGUCCCGCACCCCAGAGCCACGCAACAACCAGAGACCAUCUCCAAGUCCCCAGCCUAUGAGGAGAGCAUCCUCCAGGUCCAGAUCUGUUUCCCCCCAGCCAGCAGCUCAGAAACGUCCAGUCCCUGCCUCUGCCUCCCCCUCGCCAUCUCGCUCAGCCAGUGGGUCUCCACCACCAGCCAAAAAAGCCAGCAGUGGUUCCGGCAGUCAAUCCCCAAACAAGAAUUCUGAUGUUGACGGUAGUGGAAAGAAGAAGAAGAAAAAGAAGGAAAAAAAGCAUAAGAAAGAGAAGAAACACAAGAAGCACAAGAAACACAAGAAGGAGAAGAGUGGCGGCCCUGUGACUGGAGAUGGACACGAAAACCACGGUGGGGAGGAGGAUGGAGAGUCAAGAAAGGAAUCAGACAGUGAAGUAGAUGACAGCUUGGAUGACCUGGAGAAACACCUAAGAGAAAAGGCCCUGCGCUCCAUGAGGAAGGCCCAGUUAUCUCCAUCACAGAUGUCCUGAAAACACGGGGCUUUCUCACUUUUGAAUUUUCCACUCACUCUUGAUGUUUGUCAUCAACCUGGUUCAGCUUUAGAAUGUACAAAUUGUUAAAUCUUGAGUUUUUUUGUUUUCUUUUUACUGGUUUGGUACAUUCUGAAGAGUGUUUUCAUUAAGAGCUUGAUUCAUCAGUUAGUUUAUUAUCUUAACUGUAAAGAAGCUUGUGUUGUCCAUAAUUUUUAAUUGUUGAGCAGGGAAACGGUUUAAGUACAGAGGUUUGAGUUGUGCAGGUUUAAGAUAUUUACCAGAGCCUACAAUAGAUUCCUUUUGAGAAAUUAUUGCAUGUGCAGUGAUUGUCUCUGAUGUGCAUGAACCACUAACCUUAUGGAGUGUAGAGAAGACCAACAUACAGUAACAUACUGUUACUAUUGCCUUUAUUAGUGGAAACAGUUGCACAGCUAUGUGAAUUGUUAGAGGCUGUAACAGAAUGUCUCGUCCCAUAUUGUAACUUAAAACUUUAGCAUCAUUUAACCUACUGUUUUUCCUGACUUUGAAAUUGUCUUGUUUUAAGACAAACAGUCUGAUGUGAGACAGAGUACUCUUUAAUUUUCCAAAACAAUUGAUAUGCAAUUUUGUGUUGACACCCUUGCACCAGGCUAAUCUCCGUGGGACUGCUCUAUGAUUUGUAUUUAGAACCCCUGGCUCUUGUCCUCUUGUCAUCCUUUCAGAAUUAAAACCUUUUUAUAGGACGUGUGCUUUCCUUAAUGUUAA